GCAGGGAGGAGCCACCCAGCCCCGGCCGGAAAGAUCCGGCGGGGGCUCCGCGCCCGGGAGAAAAAGUCGGAGAAGGGGCGGCCGAGGUCGCGGGGAGCACCGUCGGCAAAGAGACCGCCCGGGAUUAUCACCAAACCUCGAUAAUGUCUACUGCCCUAGUGGUGACACAGCAUCUUCUGAGAGAGGACACAGAGAAAGUAGAGGAUUUCUACUUACGCGGAUUUACCUUGUCUGAGAUUACUGAAGAAACAGAAUAUAUUAAAAAGAUUCGAUCCACUCUAGCAAAAGUUCAGCCUCUUUUAUACAAAAAGGAAUGCAACCAUAGGAUUGCAAAUGGCAUGCUGGAUUCAAAGGCACAUUCUACAGAACCUGGAUUGGUCCCUGAUGAAGAGAGGCUCUCUUCCAACUCUGAGGAGAUGUUAAAAAAGAUGAAAGAGUCAGAAGAAAAACUAUUAUGGGUGAACAAAGAGAAUGAAAGGUUAAAGAUCAAGCUUGAAGCUUCAAGGGCAGCAGGUGCUGAGUCUGUGAAACACGGCUCCCAGAAGCUCCAGGAGAAUUACAAGAAACGCUCUGAAGACCUCAAGAAAAGACAAGAAGGAUCCAUAAAUAUAAUGAAGGCCGGCAAACUUGAGCAAGAGCAGAAAUUAAAGGAAAGCACUGACAGUCUCAGCCAGCUAAAUGUGCAGCUGCAUGACAAAUAUGGCCGGAUUGAAGAACUGGAAAAACAAGUACAAAGGAUGGAAGAGGAAAAGAAAACAUUAAAAGAAAAGAAACAGCUUUUAAAAAAGAAGUUGCAUCAGAUGAUGUCAAAUGCUGAAAAUACUAAAAGGUGUGUAAAAGUACAGACAGAGAUCUCUGUUCUUCAGGAGCAAAUUAGUCACCUGGAUCGUGUGAUCCAUUCUCAGCACCAACUUUUGCGCAAUGUGAUUCACCAGAAUGAGGGGCUGAAUAAUGAACUGAAGCAACAGGAUGAAAGAAUAGAAAGCUUAAAAGACCAGAUAGCGAUGCUUCAAGCAAAGAACAAAGAACUGAUGUAUCAAGUGGAAUUCUGCAUGAGCCAAUCAAAACCCAAAGUCUCCAAAGCUGUUUCCACAAAGAUUGAUGGAAAUUUGCCAUACACCGUGAUAUCCAGCCUUCGCAAGUGACCUAUUCCUACAGUGUCUGAACCUUCCUCAGAUCCAUCACAAGGAUUGUUAUUUCUUUCCAGAAUAACUUUCUAUGCAUUUCCAUUGGAUCUACUUGCACAGGGAACUCUGGCAUCACCUAACAAAUUUCAUCUUUUGAAUUAAUGUAAGGAAUCCCAAGAUGAUCUUCUAAUGGAAGAAGUAAAUUCAGAUGUGAUGGAGGACAGCCACAAGGGCUGGGACAUAUGGAAGAACAGAUUCCAUUUUUAUUCAUUUAUAGGGACAUUAUAGAAGUAUUGUGUUUUUUCCUACCAGUGAUGGAAAUGCACUGGCUUCAGAACUCAUUAAUCCAUAAGGACACAUUUCUGCCAGCAAUUUAUAUACAUGCAUCUGAAUCUACACUGAAGAAUAUUAUGGAGGACUAAUGUAGCUGGACUUGAAUUCAGACACACUCAAAUAUAUGAUGUGGAACUCAAA